AUGCCCAUCAACAUUUACAAGAACACACCAUCAAAAAAACUUUCAACCAGCCUCCUCGCUGUCGUUGUUACCACGUGUGGCGUUGCCCUGGUGGCAGUCUUUCUCUUUCUCCUUUGGAAGCUGUGCUGGGUACCCUGGAGGAGCAAGGCCCUGUCCUUAAGCGUUGCCGCCCUCUCCCUGCCCUACGCUGCCCCAUCCGCAGGAGAACAAGAGAAGGAGAAGAUGGCAGCAGACAAGCUUAAAGAGCCGGGGGCCAUGAGCAUCCUGGAAGCAGCGGUGAAAAUCAGCCAUACUUCUCCAGAUAUUCCCGCCGAAGUUCAGCUCUCGAUGAGGGAGCACAUUUUGAGACGCGCUCGCAUGCAGAGGCAGUCAACAGAGCCUGCAUCUUCUACCAGGCACAGCUCUUUCAAGAGACACCUGCCUCGGCAGAUGCAUGUAUCCAGCCUGGAUUAUGGCUCAGACAUCCUAUACGUCGACGAGCAGCCCACCAGCAUCGGUCGCAUUAAGCCGGAGUUGUACAAGCAGAAGUCAGUAGAGUUGGAAGAGUCAGCAAAGGACAGUGGGAAGACAUGCGGCAAAAUUAAUUUUUCUCUCAAGUACGACUACGAGAAUGAAAUGCUCAAUGUCCGCAUCCUCAAGGCUUUAGACUUGCCUGCUAAGGACUUCUGUGGUAGCUCGGACCCCUACGUAAAGAUCUACCUGCUGCCUGACCGAAAGAGGAAGUUCCAAACGCGGGUGCACCGCAAGACCCUGAAUCCCACCUUUGAUGAGUCCUUCCAGUUUCCUGUGCCCUACGAUGAGCUUGUCAGCCGUAAACUACACCUCAGCGUCUUCGACUUUGAUCGCUUCUCUCGGCACGAUAUGAUCGGUGAAGUCAUCCUGGACAAUCUCUUUGAAGCCUCAGACCUCUCCAGGGAGACAUCUAUUUGGAAGGAUAUCCAGUAUGCCACCACGGAGAGUGUUGAUCUGGGUGAGAUCAUGUUUUCACUGUGUUACCUGCCAACUGCUGGACGCCUGACCCUGACCGUCAUCAAAUGCAGGAACCUCAAGGCAAUGGACAUCAAUGGAUACUCAGAUCCCUAUGUGAAGGUGUCUUUACUCUGUGAUGGACGCCGCUUGAAGAAGAAAAAGACCACCAUCAAGAAGAACACUCUUAAUCCCACAUACAACGAGGCCAUCAUCUUUGACAUCCCACCUGAGAAUAUGGACCAAGUCAGCCUUCUUAUCUCCGUCAUGGACUAUGACCGUGUGGGACACAAUGAAAUAAUUGGAGUCAAUCGAGUUGGAAUUAAUGCAGAGGGCCUUGGACGAGACCACUGGAAUGAGAUGCUGGCCUAUCCCCGGAAACCAAUCGCUCACUGGCACCCCUUAGUGGAGUCAAAGAAAUCUGUGAAAGAGUGGCAAGGCCGCACAGCAAGCUUUGAUAGCCAGGGAUCGUGUCCAUCUCCUAAACCACCGUCCACCCCUUGAAAGGACAUCAUCCAAAGGAAGACCCCGUAGCCACUGCCAGCAUGGAUCUGCCCCUUUCUUUUCACUGACAUCAUUUCGCCCAAGGACAUCUGUAACACCUCGGAUACUGAAACAGUCAACAAGGACAUCACCGGUGUAACAAACCUAGAAACCACUUCACAACAUGGUAUGGUGCUCAGUCCAAAGACCAAGAGCAAUGCUGUUUGGAAACUCUGAAGCCAUCUUCUUCAGUCUACACGGUAGCAAAAGCCCCGCCAUCACUCCACAAUUAUUCAUAGUUGCAUCAAAAGGCAGAAAUACUGAUUGGAGGCUUAUUCGUGUGGUACAAGGGUAGUUGUGCUGCUUGAUGGUUGUGGUAGAGCUGGUCUGGGUAGCAUUCAGAACACAUUCAUCCAAAGUGAGGCCAUGACAUCACCUGCUGGUCACUCCCCAUCAUUCAUAAUGGAGUUGUCAGUUAUGUAGUGUGAUGGCUAGCAAGUACAGUUGACUCCUUGCACUUGUGUUUCUUCCAGAUAGGAAUAAUAUUUCUUGGCUUAAAAACUGUUAAUUGCAUUUUUGUUAUACAGGUAUAUAAUUUGACCAGUUUUAAUUCUAAAUUGAUGCUCUUGAGCAGUUCCCUGCAAAUUUCUUAAAUAAUGUCCACAAAACCUCUUCCAGAUGAUCUCUGGACAAUCCCAUGUUUCUGACUAAACAGGCUACAGGAAGGUGUUUGUGCAUUUACCCUGCUAAGAUCAACAGUGUCACGGUGCUAAAAGAUCUGUGAUUUCAAACUGAAUGAAAAGCUUGUAUCUCCCAUCAGCUUUGCAAGAAUCCACUAUAUGACUCUGGGUCACAUGACAACCAAUAAAUGCUGUGAUUGGUUUCCUCAUUAGGUACACUUGUCUAGUACCGUGCAGUACCCUAUUAUGUUCCCAGAAUAUUCUUUGAACCAUGGAUACCAAAAGGUACUGUUAAUAUUCCUUUGGGAUUUUGGUCCAUGCUGAUUGA